CUGUUUUCGCUGAUCGUUCAGGGACCAUUCAGGCAGAAUCUUGUCGAUUUUCCUGGCUGUGGCCACGGUUAAAAUUCAAUCUGCUCUGUAAUGGAAUACCUAGCGCCAGAACACCAAGAUCUUGCCAAAGACGGACUUGAUGAAUUACGACAAAAGCUAUCGUCAGCUUGUGGAGAAGUCCUUGAGAAAGCGAAAAAGGAAGAAACUCCAUUUCCUCUUUUGUUUCGAAUAGCACAGGAUUUCACGAGUAGAGAUCUACCAACAGCAUCAAUUAUAUGGGGAUAUAUGCUUGAGAAAGCCACGAGCAAGCAACAAAAAUUUACAGUUAUGAACAAACUCUUUCAAAUUCAGAUCGCAACUGGUCCUUGGAAAGUCGCUUUGGAAACUGCCGAGAAAUUAUAUGAAGAUACCGCUCUGGAGUUCUCAUCUGAUAAUUGGAGUGGACUCACAUCGAAGGGAAACGGUUUAGAACCCCUCAUAACAGCACCACUCUUAUUUGAAGCUGCCCUCAAUCUGGGAACGAUAAAUCGCCUUCUUAAAGAACUAAACGAAGCCGAGGAGUUGUAUAGGAGGGCGUGGAACAUUGCUAAAUCUAUGAAAGAUUUUGAUAGAGAAUGUUUAGCUAGAAUACAUCUAGCAAUCUGUUUGCUCGAUCGCGGCGAACUAAGGCAGGCCAUAGACACCUAUUUCAAGCCACUGAUGGAUUUCAAGCCACUGAUGGAUUCCAAAGCCACAAUGACACCUCGCACACGAGCAGUGUACUUGCAGUAUUAUGGCAAUGCCUGUAGAUCUGCGGCAGACUGGGGCAGAGCUAAAGAGUAUCUCCAAGAAGCCCUAGACCUUGCCAAGGAAAUGAAAGACGCUGGUCUUGUGUCUAAUUGCUGUGGGGACCUGGGAAACGUUUUCAGAUCUGAAGGAAGGUUCAAAGAUGCAGAACAACUGUUCUUAGUUCACUACAAGUUCGCACUAAGCAGAGGAGACAUCCAUGGCCUGGCUAUUGCUUGCGGCAAUAUUGGAUUCUUGAAGUUUUACAACCCCGAAGAGUAUGACGAUUCUGUGGUGUACCAGUUCAUUGAAUACUCCCUUGCCGAGCAAGUGGGUGAUUUUCCACGGAUGGGAAUAGCAUUUAAUAAAAUUGGCAAACUUUAUACCGCACUGGGUUACAACGAAGAAGCCGUGGAGAUGUUCAAAAUCGCCAUCGAUGGUGCACGCAGGGCGAACAAUGUUGCUGGCGAAGGAAUGGCAUGGGGUAAUUUAGGCACGGUUAACAGAGCUUUAAACAGGUUUCAAGAUGCGAUUGAUUGCCAUUUAAAGUACAGAGAUAAUGCUGAAAGGCGAAUGGACAUUGGCGGAGUAGCCAUUAUGCAGCAUCAGUUAACCAUGGAUUACAUCCUUUCUGGGAAGCUGCUGGAAGCAGAGAGGUCGGUUCUCGAUGCGUUUCAAACACUGGAGAGGAUCCGCUCACAGGUCGGUGGAGAAGAAAAAUCGAAGCUGUCUAACUUUGAGAAGAACCAAGCCGAGGCGUAUAACCUAUUACAGGUUGUGCUUGUCGCGCAGGGGAAGUUUAAAGAAGCUCUUGUUUUAGCUGAUGCAAGCAGAGGACGAACAUUGGCGGAAAUUGUACGGAAGCGAUUAUCGGGUCGUAGUGAUAUAUCCAGUGGAGAAGAAACAGUAACUCUUAAUAAGGAAUUUAUCGUCGAAUCCUUCAACAAUCUUGCGAGAGUCAGCCGUGAGCUUUCCACGACACUUGUGUUUUACUCCGUGGUAAAAGAGUUUGACCAGUCAGGGGGAUUUUUCUCAUGGGUGUAUAUAUGGGUGUUGUGCCCUUCCGGAAGCCUUCAUUUCAAGAAGACUCGUCUGCAGCACGGUUUGGAGACAAAAGUUGAGGUCAAUGACGAAUAUAUAGUGUCUCUGAGGCGAUCUUUGGGCCAGCAAUCUCAAGAAGAAGUCGGCAAGAUUCUGAGAUCAUGUGGAGAGCAAAAACAGGUUUCCAGGGAGGCUGAGGUGCCUGUUGCGACACUAAAAGGCGAGGACAUCUUGAGUUCACUGGAAAGAUUUGAACGCGAGUUUAUUACGGGUUCCCAGGAUUUACGUAUUCCACUCAAAACUAAGGAUCUAGGAACACAAGAACACAUGAUGGUACUUAAAGAAGCUUCAAUACCUAAUGAAGAAAAAACCUUUGACGAGUCAACAGGCAGCCGGGAGAGCUUGCUAGUGAACCAAAUAGUUGCAGAGAAACCAAUCGUCUCUAAAACCGAACCUUGCAGUGUAGAUAGUCCAGAAUCAUUCGAAGUGUCGAGUAAAGGGGAAACCUAUUUUAGUGGAUCUUUAAAACAAAGCAAUGUAACAAAGCAUGGUGAAACUUUUGAUGAAUGUGGCAUUAUUUCUGGUAAGUCUUCCCUCGUAACUGAAUGCCCAGAGGAAGACUUCCAGGACAACUCGAAGACGCAAAACGAAAUGGAGAAAGAUAAAUCAUCUUUUGCGACAAGCGAGGAAAGCAUUCAACCUCCAUUGAUUGAUUCUGUGUUUACACACUCGUGCACAUAUUUAAAGUCCGAUGAAGCUAAAUCUGAGAUAUCGAUUGCUUCAAAACCAAGUGACAAUCCAAUUGACGAAGGGGCAAUGACGACAAGUCAUGGCGGUUCUGGGGCUCCUGCACUAGGACUUGAAAAUGAUGUCACCAUCAGGCCUUCAGGUGAGGAAUAUAAUUUUUCUCUGCAAGGCAACAACAACAUUGAAGAAGAAAAUGGAGACCAGUGCCCGGAAAAAGUAGAUGGUGACAUUUCUGUGGGCACAACAUCAGUUCCUUUAAAUGAUGUCAUAACUAAGCCCCUAGGUGCACAUUCAAAUGAACAUGAGGAUAAACCGCAGAGUGACCCAGAACUGGAUCCUUGGAUACCGAUGUUAAGCCAGCUGCACCAGAUUCUUAUUGAACCAAUUCUUGAUUUCCUGCCCAAUAAGGAUGAAAAUCAAAGGGUGACUUUCAUACCUCAAGAUUUUUUACUCAAAGUUCCUUUCGCCGCGUUGCAAAGUGACGAGAAGGGUCACUAUUUCAUGGAGGACUUCAUAAUAUCAACCAGCCCGGCAAUCCACUUUCUCGGCUUAGCAACCGCUUCGCAUGAAACUGCUGAAAAGAACACAGCACCUUUAGACCUGAGUCUUCUUGCAGUUGGAAACCCCAUAAUGCCUUUUGAAGAACUUCCACAGCUCCCCUCUGCAGAGCGUGAAGUGCGCAAGAUCAAAGAGAUUAUCAACUCGCCGAUGUCUGAAAUUCUCAUAGGAUCUCAGGCCCAAAAGGUGGUGGUGAUGGAGGCGAUGCCCAAGUACAAGAUUCUUCACUUCGCGACGCACGCUAUUAUCGAUGACGCAGACUCUCAUGGCGAUUUUAGCAUGAGAGGACUCAUUGUUCUCGCACAGUCUGGGCUCGAAUGUAAUGGUAUUCUCACGGCCGAAGAAGUGAGGGGCUUGGAACUGAAUGCUGAACUUGUAGUACUAAGCUGUUGCGAAACUGGAUUGGGUAAAGUGACAGGCGAUGGAAUACUGGGCUUGUCACGGGCGUUUCUGGCAGCUGGUGCAGCCUGCGUGAUUGUCACGCUAUGGAAGAUUGAUGACAAAUCUGCCUCCGAAUUGAUGACGUCUUUCUAUCGUGAAUACAAAGCCUCCCGUGAUGCUGCAGUAUCGUUACAGAAGUCCAUGAAAGUCCUUCAAACUAAAGAGAACACUCGAAGUCCCCAACAUUGGGCUGCGUUUUCCAUCGUUGGUGCUACUGCUGUUAAAUAACUGCUUUCCAAGAAUCUAAAUACUUUGGUCAGAUAAAAAUGUCAAAAUAGUGCAAACUCUAAUUGAGUGUCCAAAGUCAAAGUCAUUUUAUCCUCCGAUCUUUUUUAUUCAGGUUUCGCACAGGGUGUGUUAAUGAGCCUAAGAUUUAUCUUAAAGAGUUAUGGGAAAUACUAUGCGCAAUAGAAACCACGGCUACAGCUUUUCCAUUUUGAAAUAAAAUUUUAUGUAUUACCAGGUGAAAACAACAACUUCAGUGAUGUUAAUUCUAAAAAUAUAAAAUGUCAGUCAUUUCCCACUAUCAAUUACUCAUUCUAAUUCUAAAUAGAGGGUGAACUAAUCCCACCGAAAUCAACUUCCAUGUAAUUGAAUCUUGUAUGUAACCAUUUUUAAGCCAGAAAAAUCAUUGAGAUUGCAAUGUUACAUCUUUUUAAGUAGGAAAUGCAAAAUGAAGUAGAUUUAGCAAAAAGUAUCAGCGAAUGUAACGUUACAUACACUAGAUGAAAGUAAUGUUGACUCAUCUAUCUUAUAGGUUGCAAACGAACACGUUCUCCUGCAUAAUUGAUUACCAAGGAAUGUCGCCAACAUUAAACACAAAAUCCUUUUUCACACUUAUUUGAACUUAUUGACCGGUCAGCCAAAUAAAGGACUGCAUGAUUUACAUUGAA